UCGGUUUUGAACCAACAAACCCAGGCUUUACAAAUAUAUUAGUGCAGCAAAUGACUUCGCUCAUUUCUUAAGGUUAUUCAUGAAAGUAGCACCGCUACUUAAUUAGUUUUUUUAUUCUUCCAAGGUUGGUCUGAACUGUUCACUUUUAGCUUUAGCUAAAUGUUGUCACAAACAUUGGCUAAAUGGAGACGGAGCGAACUGAGGGAAAAACGAUACGAUCUCAAAAACGCAACAGUGUCAACGAUGGAUGGGCGUUUCUCACCCCCAUGGUCAACAGCUGCAAGUUGCACCUUACAACUGUCAAACCCCUGGUACAGGAGAGAGCCCAGAGAAUGACUGACUUUCAAGAUAUUGUAAAAGAAAAAAACAUGUAUACCGUCCAAGCAAUGAAUCAUCCUAACCCAGAGAACAGGUUGCACGCUUGCAGAGGACUUGUCCUGACACCUCUAGUGUCAUCAUUUGCCAGUAUCUCUAGAGAUUCCCCUGUACAUAAUCUGGUACCACCAGCAUGUGGUGCUCAAAGUGGUUUGGAUAUAGUUUCACGUGCUACACAGGACACAAGAGACAAAUCAAGGGGACCAACCCACAGUGCAGGGAACACUUACUACUGUAAUGCCUUAAACUUUGCCAAGCCAACAGGUGGUUCUGGAGGAUAUAAAUACCACACAACCCCUGGUUUUCCCUACACUCGAUUGCCUGGUGACAGUUUUGCAUCCAGUUUACAACGAAUCGACUUGGACAGGCGCUGUCUGGAGGAAUGCCCCCAGCUGGGCGUAAUGGAUGAACUACAACUUCUGAACCUUCAGCACAAUCUAAUCACAACGAUCCAGCAUCUGUCACAUAUGCAACAGCUUGUUUUUCUCAACCUGUAUGAUAAUCACAUCGAUGAAAUGACUGGCAUUGAAUCUCUAUGCUCCCUUAGGAUCCUUAUGCUGGGGAAGAACAGAAUCCGUAAAAUAUGCUGCCUGGAAAGAGUGUCCAGACUGAAUACCCUGGAUUUGCAUGACAAUCAGAUCUGCAGGAUAGAAAACAUGUCUCACCUCAGCGAGCUGCAAGUGUUGAACCUGGCGGGAAACAGCAUAUCCAGAGUGGAAAACCUGCAGGGUCUGGACUGUUUGACUGAACUCAACCUAAGACACAACUGCAUCUCUGUUGUGACCGAGGUGGACCGCCUGCCCUGCUUGCAGCGCCUCUUUCUCAGCUGCAACCACAUCACCAGUUUUGAUCAGCUAGCCUGCCUUGGAGAGUCACGCUCCCUUUCUGAGCUCACCCUGGAUGGGAAUCCUGUAGCCAUGGAGACAUGGUACAAGCAGGCCGUCCUGCGCUGUGUGCUUCAUCUGAGACAGCUGGACAUGAAGCGCAUCACAGACGAGGAUCGGCGCAUGGCUGGUGUGCAGGCUCGAAAAGAGGAGGAGAAGAAGAAGGAGAGUCACAAGCAGACCAUUCAUAAGGAGAAGCGGCGUCUGGCAAUCCGUAAUGCAGCUCAGCAGUGGGAAGGCGUCAGGGCCUGCUUGGUGCUGCCACCAACAAAUGGUGCUAAAGAAGAAGUCAGUCCAGAGAACAGCCCUGCCCACAGCCCCGCCCAGACCAACGGCCUCGCACAGGAACCCUCUCCAGAUGAACCCAGACGGGUAAGUCCAGGUUCAGGACCAGAGCGACCAUCAGGGGGAACAGAGAGCAGACUCCGCACCAACAGCCGUCCAAACAGCCCACGAGAUCCAAAGCUUGUGGAGGCAGGGAGCGGCAGUGUUCAGAGCUUGUCCCUCUCUGACAGUCACCUGGCAGAGCUGGAUGGAGACACCCUGCGUUUAUUUGGACCUGGGGCCCUGGAGGCCCUGGAGAGGGGCUGGGGAGUUCAGACCGCUGGUGCUGUCACUGUAAUAACCUUCCGUUACAUCAACUUUGACGCCAUUGUACCAACACUGCCGCGAAUAAGGGUCAAGUUCCCCAAUCUGUCGCACCUGAUCUUCUUGGAAACCAACAUCAGCCGUCUGCCCCAGCUGGCGGCUCUGACUCAGGUGAGGCGUCUGGACCAGCUGACCAUCCACCCAGGGGGCAACCCUGUGGUCAGUCUGGCUCUGUGGCGCUCCUUUGUCAUCUACCGCCUCAACCACUUCAACCUGCAAAGGAUCAACGGCCAGGAGGUUACUAUGAAUGAUGUGAUCGCUGCAGAGCGUGUGUUUGGGACACUGGGUCAUAUAGCAGCCACUGAAACUCCACGUUGCCGGCUCCUCCUGCUGCUAGAGGAGUCCAGGAAGCGUCAGCUGCAGUUCCUGUUGGAGGGCCGAGGCCGGCGAGCAGGACUGAGUCCAGAGGAGCUGCGAGACAAUGGGAAGCUCCUGGGAGAGAGCCUGAGCAGAGCUCUGUUCAACUACCCAAGCAGAGACUGCAGUGCAGAGAGCCCUGAGGAGGGCACUGUAGAGUCAUCGGAGCGUGCUGCCAUGGUAGAGCACUACCUCCAGGAGUUGGUCCAAAGGGCAUCAGACACCAAUCUGAAGGGUGAGGCUCUGCACAAGCUCUGGCCCUCCAUGUUUGCAGAAAUGGUGAGGGACUGUGUGUUGGAGAUGAGGGACCGAGCGGCCUUUCGCCAAGCCAGCCUUGCGAAGCUGUCUGAGACCAAGUGAAGAGGACCAAAGGUUCAGUCUUAGACUACAAACAUACACACACAUGUGGACACAGCUUUCCUGGGCGCCUGCAGGGCUUCAUCUCAAACUCCAUUUAUAGCACAUCAUCACUUAGUGACUUAUCACUGGCUGUCAGUUAAUAAAAUCUUUGGAAACUGAAGGGUGUAUUUCCCUAGAGGCUCUUUAAGAUGGAUGUAGACUGUUUUAAAGAUGUCUGAAGAAACCACAUCGACAAAUGCAUCUUGAUUGAAUGUAGAUUUUCACUGAAAACACUGAUUCUUCAAUGCUUGGAGCUGUAACAUACUUGAAGAAAGUUAAAGGGACGUAUUGACUCACAGUGCAUUGUGGUCCCUACGGAGCAUCCUCUGCACUUUAAACGCUUUCUGAAUGACCCCUCACCACCAUCACUGUCAUCAGCUGAAAAUGACCGGUGUCUCUUUUGUCGAGACUAGAAUGAUUUUUCUGUGUCUUAAAUAAUGUCUCAUGCAUCGCUCUCUCACUUUCUCCUGCCUGACCUAAAAAGAAGGGCACAGAUAAGAACAAGGAAUUUUCUUUGUUUACCACUGAUUUUCUGUAUUGUACUUAGUAUUAAAAGAUUCUGUAUUAACACUCAGUUUGUGUACAUGGUUUACAUUACAAGCCAUGUCUUUCUUUAAUCAGGCACCGCAUCAGUUCAGAUCAGUUGUUUUGUAAGUUGCAAAUUUCCCCUUUUUUUCAUGAGUCAAUCUCUAAAAUAUGCUAAUACUCAGGUUCAUCUCUUAGGCUACAUCCGCCCUAAUACGUUUUUGUUUAAACUGCAUAACUAUUCCUCCAUUUACAAAUAGCAUCUACACUGCUCUAGCGUUUUGGAACCCCUAAAAUGGAGACAUCUGAAAACACUGCUUGCCCUGUUUCAGUCUGAUUUGGUCUUAUCAGUCACAGCUUCUCCAGUCAAAAAAGUUAAGCUACAUACCUUACGUGAUCUCAUCCUUCUUGUGUGGGGACUCCUCUCCCAUUGCCAUAGCUUCCUCAAAUGAUGGAUAAUGCUCCUGGCCGGUACCUCUGUAAUAUGUUCCCAUAUUUGCUUUGCAAAUGUGCCGAUGUGCAAAGCAAAUAUUGGGACGUAUUACAGAGGUACAGGCCGGUUAGCAACAUAUUGGCAACGUGUUCUAACAACUCCCAGUCUGGUUUCCGCUGCCUUGACCGCCAUACUCAUGUUACUCGUAUAUAAACAGUUCCACCUCAGUGUCAGUGUAAGUAAAGGAAUCUCUGGUCUUACUUUUCGCCAUCUCUGCAGUAUUUUUAAUACUUAUAUUUUAAGCAACCAGUGGCAGAGUUGACAGUCUACUUCUUGUGAAUCGUCAUGUGAUAUCCUUUUUCAGGAGUGUUAAUAUGGAUAAAUAUUAAUUCUGAAACUGUGUUAAGAUGCUUGUGUGUACUGAGAUCGUUAUUGUUUUGGAACGCUGUGUCAAAAUGAAAACAUAUUAGUGUGGAUGUGGUCUUAAACUUAUCAGUCACUUUGGAGGACUGCAUUAUCAGUGCCUAAUAGACAGUUGGUAUCCAAUGAGGCAGAUGCUGUGUGUGUUUGUGUGUGUGUGUGUGGGGGGGGGGGGGGGUUUGCAUGCUCGCUAGCAAGUCCAGAAACCAUAAAAGGUCCUCUGGGUAGUGUGAACUCAGACUGGAAUGUCCCUGAAGGCAAGAGGCUUCACCAGUUUCUCACCACCUGUCCUUGCUCCCCUCACUCAAACCAUCCCACAAAGAAUUUUUUAACCCUUAUUUAAUCAGGUAUGUCAGUGGAGAACACAGCACCAACCUGGGGGACCAACUGCAGGGGGAUGGAGUGUCAAUCAACAUCACACACACCAAGGAGCUGACUGGCACUGCUGUCCAAUGUCAUCCACUCUACUGGACAUCAGUGCUUUGCUCAAAGGUAUUAGACUUGAAGAAGACAUCAGAACAUCAGUUUGUGUGUUACAUGAGUUAGUCUCUUCUCAGUGCUGCUUUGUUGUUUUCUGGUUUUCAAUGGCUCCUAAAGAAUUGUUCUUUGUCUGUCUUCCUGUGAACGUUCUUUUGAAUCAUCCAGGUGUUACACUGUCUUGAGAAAGUUCAAUCCAAACCUGACUGUCAGACGAUCAUGUGAAAGGCUUCUUUAGUCCAGUACUUUCAGACUUUUACAAGUCUUAUUUUUUCCUUAAGCUAAAUAGCAUGAUACAGUAAAUCUUCCAACAGAAGACAAAAACACAUAUCUAAAGGUGUUUCUGAUGCACCUAUCCCAUAGAGAUCUUAUACAAACAUGAAAUACAGAUGAAGAUGAAGAAAAUAUUAGGUGCAAAUGUUUGCUAUCAAAAAGCUACAGCGAGUUUAUUUUGAGCAACUAUGAUAAACAACACUGUUUUGUGCUGACACAUUGUGUCAUCUUACGGGACCAUGGCUGUCAGCGCUGUGCGAGAAGUGUAGUCCCAAAGGACUGACAGAACUCCAUGACUAGUGACAGCAUGCUGACAGAGAGCAAGAACAGUGUCUCAUCAGUGGAAAGCAGUGUAGAAAUCCAGACAGUGCACUGAUUCCUGAGACCCACACAGUUAAGAAGACUCAACACAUGAACAUGUAGUCCAUAUGUCUUGGUGAGUAAUAACCCACAAUCUGUUGCUCACAUUAAAAGUAGUAUUUGUUGUUCUAUACAAUUGUUUUAUAUAUAUUUUUGUGAGCAAGGGCAGUGCUCCAGGGGUCUCAUUUAUAAAA